UUUCGUCUUUCUUUCUUUCCUCCGCCCGGAAACUCACAGGCGAAGCAGCCACGUUGCCUCAGCCCGACCGACCUGGGCCGGGUUCGGCGGCGGCGGCGGCGGCGGGUCCCCUGAGGAGAGCUGGGAGCCCGCGCUUUUCCUUGGCGCCUUUCCCGCCCUCCCGCGAGUCUGAGGAGCCCUCUCCCCCGCGCCUUACCUUCACCAGGUAUCUUCUCUUCACUACCGCCAAAAGGCCUGCCUUGCCCCUGAUUGUAAACACGCUAGAUGUUGGGUGCCAUGGCUGAGACUGCAGGAGAAGAACCGGUCUUCAAAGUUGGAGAACUGUGCCAUGAGUGUGGGCAGCUCCACUUGUUGCUAGACAAUCAUCUUUAUAACUUCCAGGAUGAAGUGGAUGAUGAGCUCACUUGCCAUAUUUGCCUUCAGCCUUUGCUGCAGCCUAUGGACACACCUUGUGGACAUACAUACUGUUUUAAGUGCCUUGAGAACUUCAUGCAGGAGUAUGACUUCUGCCCUAUGGAUCGGAAAAAACUGUCCUUCCAGCAGUGCCGGAAGUCUUCCCUUUUAGUGCGGAAUUUGCUUGAUAAGCUCAUUGUCCUCUGCCCCUUUCAAGAAGAUUGUAAGCACACUAUGCAACGGUGUGAGUUAGAGGCUCACUUACAAAACAGGUGUCCUGGGUUCAAGAAGUUCAAAGCUCAUCUUGAAAGGAAAAAGAAUCCUCGCUUCAGGUUGAAGGGAGAUUCUGUUUCCAGACAGGAAGCGAGUACUGUAAAGGAGCCUGAGAUAUUGAACGUAGUGUCGUCCCUUGUUUCUGGAAGUUCAAUAGCUGCAGUGGUUUCCCUGGAGACACCGGAACCUGGAUUGAUUAAUCCAGCCUUUGAUGGGAGUGAAGAAGAUUUACCCCAAAGAGCCAGUCUUUUAGCAGAGACAAGCACAAUUGAAAUUCACCGAGAAGACCCUGAGGAAGAACUUGGGAUCCGGAUAGUUGGGGGUAAAGACACCCCACUAGGCAACAUUGUUGUCCAAGAAGUUCUUCGGGAUUCAGUUGUUGCUGCAGAUGGAAAAAUAGCACCCGGAGACCAUAUCCUGGAAGUGAAUGGCGUCAACAUUAGCAGCGUGACCCAUACUCAAGCUAUCUCCUUACUGCGUCAGCGCUGUGCUAUGUUUCACUUCAUAGUACUGCAAGAGAAAGGGUUUACCACCAGAACUGGGCAACUGGAUUCCAGCCGUUCAGUAAACCAGGAAGUGAUCCAUGUUACCCUUGUAAAGAGAGACCGAUCUGAACCUCUUGGCAUCAAAUUGAUCAGAAAAACAGAUGAGCCUGGGAUUUUCAUUCUGGACCUUCUAGAUGGAGGCUUGGCAGCCAAAAAUGGGAAACUUAGUCAGAAUGAUAAAGUUCUCUCUAUAAAUGGCCAGGAUCUAAGACAGGGAACUCCUGAAGCAGCUGCACAGAUAAUUCAGACUUGUGAAGCGAGAGUAAACUUUGUUGUUCUCCGUCAGUCUGGUGUGCAACUCCCAGAAACUGUUGAAGAUGGCAGCACAUCAAACACCAGCAGCAGUAGCAGUGGGGGAAGCCCAGUGCACCAUCGCAGAAGACCUGAACAGAAUCAUUAUCGAUGGAAAUCCAAUUAUCAGAAGGCACUCCCUCAAGGUUACCUCAGCCAGGAGAAGGUAGUUAACAUAAAGAAGGAGCCGAAAGACUCUCUGGGAAUAACCAUUGGAGGUGGAAGAGACAGUAAAAAUAAACUCCCUAUUUAUGUAACUAGCGUACAGCCUGUUGGAUGCCUCUUCAGAGAUGGUAGAAUUAAGAGAGGAGAUGUACUGUUGAGUAUAAACAAUGUUGAUCUGACUCAUCUUAACUACAGUGAAGCAGUCUCUGCACUGAAAUCAAAUGCAGCACUGCACACAGUGACAUUGAAAGCCUUGGAAAUUGUGAUAACGGAAAAUACAUCUGAAUUUACUGAGGCACCAGAUACCAGGGAAAAUGGGUUUAGUUGGGCUAGCUGGGCUCCUCUCUGGAUCAUGUGGCUUGGAUUGCCUAGUCACCUCCAUUGCUGUCAAGAUAUUAUCUUGCAUAAAAGCAACUCUGAGAGCUGGGGAUUCAGCAUAGUUGGUGGGUUUGAAGAAAACAAAGGGAACCAGCCGUUCUUCAUUAAAACCAUUGUGCCCGGAACACCUGCUUUCUGGGACAGAAGACUGAAAUGUGGAGAUGAAAUUGUGGCUGUAAAUGGAGUGUCUGCCAUGGGAAUGAGCAAUGCUGAAUUGAUUCCCAUGCUGAAGGAACAACGGAAUAAAGUAACUCUUACUGUGGUGUCCUGGCCUGGAAGCCUUGUGUAAGACAUAAACUCGGUAUAAUUUUGGGACUACUUUGGUGCCAGAUUUCAAGAUUUUGAGUGAUGAACCAACCAAAGAAACAGUGAACUGAUUUAAGAUGGCUUUUCUCAAGGUUGUCACCUGGAAUCCUAUUCCUAUGCCAAAGGCAAACUGCUUAUUUUAUUUUUUUUACCCAGCUUCCUGGCAGACAGAAGCCAUGCUUCAGUGAUCAAUUAAAAAUUUUGUUAUGUAACUAUUGGACGUUGAACAUAUGAAAUCUAAGCUUCAGCCUGUUUCUCCUCAACUCACAUUUUAAACCUCUGAUAAACUGCUUUGGAGUUUGUUUUUACAAUCAAGGGGUAUAUAAAUUUUAUGAAAUAAAAAUAAUAUAUAUAUGAGUAAAAGAGAAACCUAUAAAAAACUUAUGGCUCCUGGUAAAUUCAAUAAACAUUGGCUAAUAUUUAACUCUGGUAGCUUUAAAGAUAUUGAUAAAUAAAUCCUGCAAGUCAUCAUUAAGGUCUGCCUUACCAAAACUAUCGUCCCCUUUUCAUGCUUGGUGGAAAGGAUAUGUGAAUGCCAUCUUUUGGGUAAGAAUCACAAGAUGUUCUUUCUCCUUUUUUCUGCUCUGCUGUGCCUUGUUGAACUUGAGACCAUUUGCAAUGUAAAGCUUGUCUCUGAGCAUUUGUGUUUUCUGUGUAAGGAUGUGAUGCACUAGUGUGAUGCCUGAUGCCUACUGCACCAGCCUUCUUCUGCUUGAAGACGGGAUCUUUAUUGCUGAUGAAAACGAGCUGAAGGACCAAUGGAAUAAUGUUCCUGCUGAUGCAUUAGCUAGUAGAGAUCUCUCAACAUUUAUUUGUGUUACCGCUGCUUGUUGCAAUUCAGGCGCUGGGUGGCAAGUUGCAUCUCAUUCCCACUGUCUCUCUGAAAGAGUUGGGGAUUGGCAUCUAAAGCCACUGAUGGGAAAAUUCUGCAACUUGAAGAAAGUUGAAUGGAUGGCACCUGUGCCAAGAACAGAGACUGUGUGCAAAUAUUGAAUGUAAGAGAAGUCUGAGAGGACUUUCAGUGAACAAAUCUUAGAACCAAAAUAAAUAUAAUGGCAGCAGACCCAUGUGCAGAAUUGUAUGUAAAACUGUAAAAUAUUGUAUGUUAACUGUAAAAUAUUGUAUGUGUAAAUUUAAACCACAACCACCCCUUCUCACAACAUACUUUUUCCAAAAAAAAUGGCCAUGCUUAUACUUACGAUCACAUAACUAGCAGGGUCAAAAUGGCUUUAAAAUAAUAAUACAGCGGUACCUCGGGUUAAGAACUUAAUUCGUUCCAGAGGUCCAUUCUUAACCUGAAACUGUUCUUAAUCUGAGGUACCACUUUAGCUAAUGGGGCCUGCUGCUGCCGCUGCACGAUUUCUGUUCUCAUCCUGAAGCAAAGUUCUUAACCCGAGGUACUAUUUCUGGGUUAGUGGAGUCUGUAACUUGAAGCGUCUGUAACCCGAGGUACCACUGUAAUAUGGUGGGGAAUGUAUGGUUGCUGGAAAGCAUGCAGAUCCAUCCAGAAAUGCUGUGUUUUAAAUUGUCUCCUCUGCAUUCCCCACUCCCAACUUUGUAAGGGAUCCUGUCACUGUACUAUCUAGUUGUGCCCUUGUGGAAGGGGAGACAAAUAGCUGUUAUGGCAAUUCUGUGUAGCUUGGGGGGCAAACCCCAUCAAAGCCUAUCCAUUCUGCUAUUGUCCUUUUCCCACCCCACAAUGUGAUGAUUUUUUAAAUGGCAUUACUCCUUUCAGUAUCGGGGCUCUCCUGCUUCAAUGUUUCUUAGUGUUUAAGUUCUUUAGUGUUUAAGAUCCAAGUAGGAAGGGACAUUGGAAGCAGCAUUCUACCAACUCAGAACAUUGGUCCAUCUGGCUUAUUAUUGUCUACACUGACUGGCAGCAGUUCUCCACGGUUUCAGGGAAGAGUCGCUCCCAAACAUGAAAUGCGGGGAUUGAACUUGGAGCCUUCUGUCUGCAAGGCAGAUGCUCUAGCACUAAGCCGUGGCCCUUCCCUGCAAUUAGGUAUAAUAUUCCUUUUUUGCCAGAGGCCUGCUGUUAAUAGUUGGAUGGCAUGUAGAAAUUGCUGGGCCAGACAGUUGAUACAGAAGUGUGGCACCUGCAGGUAAAAUUCAACUACGCAGUUACCAAGUACACCUUGCGGGGUGGGUGGGAAUGGAACCCCUAAUGUUGACAGGACUGUGGAUUUCAAUCUUAGUAAAAAAGAUACACUCUUCUUCCCUAGGCAACCACAGUUCCAAGCUGGUCUCCAAGUGUAGGCUCAUUUGCAGUAUCUAUUUCUUGAUUCUACUAGCUUGAUUGUAGACUAGAGACGGUAAGUUUGAGGAAAAUUCUAUAAGGAUGGCAGUGUGGGAUGCUCCUUUGUUGUUCUAAGAUUGUGGUUUGCUUAAUGUGAGUCUCCGCCCUUGUGAAAACUGCUUGCUUUACCUGCAUACUAUAGGGCAAGUAUAAUGCUUAAAAUAACUUUUGGUCCAGCAUUUCUGUAUACUAGUACUCUAUGUAACUUGUAUAAAAUGCAGGUUGAAAUCAGACUAACAGCUAUGUGUGAAAUAUGAGUUCAGUGGUCAACUUUCAGGAGCAGUCCAUCAAAUCUACAUGUUUUAAAAAUCCAAAAGGAUCCGAGGAAUGAUUCAAAUUGCCAUCUCUAAUUUAAAUGUCUUCACUGCCUGAUUUGGGUGUUGCAAGCUGUUGCUAUUGCCACGUGUGAGAGGACAUUGAUCUAACGGGGCAUGUGGUUUUCAUGUGGGUGAGGUGUCCCUGCAAGUCACAGCAUCAAUACUGAGUGUUAAUGCUUUCAUGUAAAUGUGGUUUUAAAAGGAAUCACCAUUUACAUCUCCUUGCAAGGGGUGAUUACAGAAUUCACAAGACCCAAGGUGGAAGCCUGGAGUAAUAUUUGCCUCUUGCGAUGACUGUAGAGAGGAAAAUGUAUGCUUUUUCCAAAUGAAGGGUAUGGGCUGCCUCAGCAGCACUAUUUCACUAUGUUGUCUUAUUUCAAGGUGCCUUUAACAAUCACCAGUAAAUCUACAAUGUUUUGCACCAAAGAGAUUAUGGUACAUUGUUAACAACUCUGUUAUUAUUUUGAUGCAUUUAUAAAUUAUUCUGAAGUUA